CACAUUGAAAUGGGUCUGAUGUUGUUGCCAAACAGAACAGUGUGUGGAGCAUCCCGGCCCUGAGCAUCAAAACUGGACCAUCUAAUUUCCGACUCAACGGGACCUGAUAUAGGGAUAAUAUUCUCUGCACUUAGUUUAUUCACACAUUACGGUCCCUGUAUUUGGGUGACAAGCAGUAGCAUCACUCACAGACACUCAUCCACUGUCACAUUGGACAGAAGAAUAGACGCGCACAGUUCAACCAACCGCGCGUUUGGAGACAUGGGACGAUUGCUUUACGCAUACGUCGUUUUCCUCAUCUUCACCUUUUAUCAAACAAAUGCAUUCAUUACCUGUGGUACGAGGCAGUUCCAAUGUGGCAAUGGGAAGUGUAUCACGGCAAGAUGGGUUUGUGAUGGAACAGACGACUGCGGUGAUGGCACAGACGAGCUCCCUGGAACCUGCUUGGCUAAAUCGUGCAGACCUACAGAGUUCACCUGCGCAGACCGACUGAACCAGUGUAUCCCAAAGAGCUGGCAGUGUGACGGGAAGGCAGACUGUGAGAACGGAGCCGAUGAGGAGGGUUGUGCUCCCAAACAGUGCAUGGACUCAGAAUUCCGGUGCGGGACAGGCCAGUGCAUUUCCUCCUCGUUUGUUUGUGACGAGGAGUCGGACUGUGAGGACGGCAGUGAUGAGGCGUCAUGCCCCCCGAUCACCUGUAGCUCCGCCUCCUUCAGAUGUAACAGCUCGGCCUGUAUUCCCCGCCUGUGGGCCUGUGACGGGGACUUGGAUUGUGGUGAUGGCUCUGAUGAGUGGCCCUCUAACUGCGGGUCCCGGACCAAUGUGGGGACCAAGCGCUGCUCAGCUCUAGAGUUCAAGUGUGGCAGCGGCGAGUGCAUCCACAGCAACUGGAGAUGUGAUGGAGGAGUGGAUUGCCUGGACAGAUCUGAUGAAGCCAACUGUGCUCACGUGACUUGCCGUCCUGAUGAGUUUGAAUGUGGAGACGGGACUUGUAUCCACGGGAGCCACCAGUGCAACCACCAGUAUGACUGCCGGGACAUGAGCGACGAGCUGGGCUGUAUCAAUGUGACACAGUGUGAGGGCCCUCAGAAGUUCAGAUGUCGUAGUGGGGAGUGCAUCCACAUGAACAAAGUGUGUGAUAGGAAAAGGGACUGCAGGGACUGGUCUGAUGAGCCUCUCACAGAAUGUGGCACCAAUGAGUGUCUCUUCAACAAUGGCGGCUGCUCACACAUUUGUAAUGACCUAAAGAUCGGAUAUGAGUGCCUUUGUCCAACCGGGUUCUAUCUCGUUGAUAAAAAGAGAUGUGAAGAUAUCGAUGAGUGUGCCAACCCAGACACCUGCAGCCAGAUCUGUAUAAAUCAGAUUGGCAGUUACAAAUGUCAGUGUGAGGAGGGAUACCAAGUGGACCCUGCCACCAAAGCCUGCAAAGCAAUUGGUACCAUAGCUUACCUGUUCUUCACAAACCGUCAUGAGGUCAGGAAAAUGACCCUGGAUAAGAGCGAGUACACUAGAGUCAUCCCCCGACUGAAAAACGCAGUGGCUUUGGACAUGAACAUGGCCACAAAAGACAUAUACUGGUCUGAUAUCUCUCAGAAGAAGAUCUACAGAGCUCAGAUGGAUUUAGCCGAAAACCCCUCAAGUCAUAACAUACUCAUCAGUAAUGACAUCGAGGCUCCUGAGGGAAUCGCCUUUGACUGGAUCCACAGGAACCUGUACUGGACCGACAGUAUUCGCAGCACUGUUUCCGUGGUAACCGCUGACGGAACGCGGCGUAAAACUCUCUUCCGUCAAGGACUGUCCAAGCCACGGGCCAUAGUAGUUGACCCUCACAGCAACUUCCUGUACUGGACCGACUGGGGUAACCCUGCUAAGAUUGAGAAGGGUGGGCUGAAUGGAGUGGACCGCACUGCUCUGGUCACUGACAACAUUGAGUGGCCCAAUGGCAUCACUCUGGACCUGUUGAACCAGCGGCUGUACUGGGUGGACUCUAAGUUACACACUCUCUCCAGUAUUGACGUGCAGGGUGGUGGACGGCGCACCCUUAUUAUUGACGAGGAGCAGUUGGCUCACCCACUGGGACUGACAGUGUUUGAGGAGAAAGUCUUCUGGACAGACGUCAGUAACAAUGCCAUCCUGAGUGCAAACAGAGUGACCGGAGAGGACAUAAGACCAGUGGCUGAACAUCUCUCAUCACCUGAGGACAUUAUUCUGUACCAUAACCUCAAGCAGCCUGCUGGCAGAGACUGGUGCCAAGUGUCCAAUGGUGGCUGUGAGUUCAUGUGUCUGGCAGCCCCUCAGGUGGGGAGACACCCCCCACGAUACACCUGUGUGUGUCCUGACAACAUGACGCUCGCCCGAGACAUGAGGAGAUGUGUUCCUGCCAUCCCCACACCUGCCCGCCCUGUCACCACCAAGCCUGAGAUUGUGCAGCCCCCCACCCCACCCACGACCACAGCUAUAUUACUGGUCCGCACCACCACCCAGGCUCCUGUGGUGGUCCAUAAACCAGUAACCGGACCUCCCCCCACACCUGUGACCCAGUGGACUCCACCCACCACUAAACCCACAGUGAGGACCACUGCUGCACCCAGCACCCCCGCACCCAAAGCUGUGACCUCCACCACUGUCCCCCCCAGAGCCCAGACCAACUCCCAGGCUCCAGCCACUACCUCAGACUUGAGACAUGUUCCUGGAAUUGUACCCAGCACUGCCUCAAGUACCCCCAUCGCUCUGUACAUCACGCUCCCUUUAGUCAUUGUCUGUAUGUUGGUUGUUGGUGGAUUUUUGCUGUGGAGAAACUACCGACUCAAGAACACAAACACGAUUCACUUUGACAACCCAGUGUACCAGAAGACCACAGAGGACCAGGUGCGCAUCUGGAGGAGCAGCAGUUUUGACACUGGUUACACGUAUCCAAAAAGACAGAUAGUUGACUUGAAUGAAGAAGCAGACAAUCCAGCCUUCACUGAAAACUGAAGACCUUUACCUCACACAAAGAUAUAGCACUCAGUGGACAGCCAGGGUUAAAUAUCAGCUGUACAAGUUUCAUCGACAAUCCAUAGAAUCUCCAUGUAGCUUAUCGCAUCAGAAGAUGUGAUAAGGUUCUCUUUCAUGUGUCACCCUUAAAAGGGGAAAAUUUUUUUACCAAGAUUUAGAUUUUUUUUUUUUAAAGAUUUUUGGUUGCCCAAGUUGUAACUGCCUAAGUUUGAAAAAACAUAGAAAUUAAUUUAAAGAAAACAAACAUCACUUUUAUUCUAUUUUUAAGUGAAAACAAAUUAAUGUCCACUCUAAUUAUUACUAACUCAAUUACCAUAUUGACCUCACUACAUCUGUAUAAGUUUGUUAUAUGAAAGCAGCCUUUGCCUCAUGUAUUCUCACAAAAGGGACCUAUGCCACUGCUGAGCCACACUGCUUGUGCCUUGUCUGGCUGCAGUCUUCCAUGGCCCCCCCCUGUGUUUUUAAAGUGAUACUGUACUUUCUCAGGACUAGUUAGAGCAGACCUUUCCCUGCCUUAUUCGUCUCAAGAGGACGAUCACAUUCCUCUCUAUCACGGAUGCUUUGAUGGUUCCAUGUGUGAGUAAUGGCCUCUGCCUUCUCUGUGGCUCACGUGGACAUUAUUUACAUCCCAGUGAGGGGCCGGACCUACCUGUGCAUUCCCCCAUAACAUAAGCCACAUGUUAACAUUGGCUCUAAUACAGCAGCAAGUAUUUCACUCUAAAUGCCUGACUGUUUGCCUUGUCCUGAUGGUGAAAAUGUUUAGAUCUGUUUACAGUGGGAUGUUAGAUGGAUGAGAAACCGUUACAAAGUGAGGUCAUGUAAAUAUGUUUAAAAAGGGAAGCUUAUGGGAGGGAGUGGGCAGCUGUACAUAGAUCCAUAAAAUACAUGUGUACAUAUGAUGUGGAUAAUUGUAAAUAUUUGUUACUUAUGCUGUUUUAGCUGUUGUUCUGUUGUACAUAAAUAAAAAGUCUAUUUAUUAUAG